AUGAGAAGCAUGAACGCGAGAAUUCUAAUGGAGAAAACAACUAUACUUGUACUUUUACUUGUUUCACUCCACAAACAGAAAAUCUACACUGCUGAAUUUGACUUGAUUUCAGAUUCAAGGUUUUUGACAGAAGCAGACACGUUGGUCUCACCGGCCGGAAUUUUUGAACUUGGGUUUUUCAGGCCAGGAAGCUCUGAGAACAAAUAUGUUGGUAUUUGGUACAAGAAAAUCUCCGUUCAAACAGUGGUUUGGGUCGCCAACAGAGACUUCCCACUCCCUGGUGCAUCAUCCGGCAUACUGAAGAUCAUCUCUCCAGGAAAUCUUGUCCUCAUUAACGACACUAAUGAUGUAGUAUGGUCAUCCAAUACAACGUCAUCAGUCAACGUAAUUGCACAGCUUGACGACACCGGAAAUCUAAUUGUCAAAGAAGGAAUCCAGGAGAAGAUUCUCUGGCAGAGUUUUGAUUAUCCAACUGAUACACUUCUACCUGGCAUGAAGUUAGGGAGAAGUUUCUUGACUGGUAAGGAAUGGCACCUUUCUUCAUGGAAGAGUAAUCAAGAUCCAGCACCAGGUGAAUUCACAUGGAGCACGGACACAAAUGGCUUUCUACAGAUCCUACUUAAACAAGGUAUAUCAAUCAAGUUCCGGAUUGGACCAUGGAAUGGUAUAUGGUUUAGUGGGGGCUCUGGGGUCAACCGGAACAUCAUUAAUGCAGAAAUGGUUAUUAAUGGAACCGAGGUGGUUUACAGUUAUCUUCUUCGCAAUAGUUCUGUAGUCUCAAGGCUUGUCUUGAGUUCAUCUGGCCAGAUAGAACGUUGGGUCUGGGUGGCUAAUGAUGAGACAAGACUCGUGCCCAGAAACCAAAAGGCAUGGGAGAUAGCAGAUUGGUCGGGUGGUUGUGUGAGGCGAACACCAUUGGAUUGCAGAACAGAUGGGUUUAUCAAGUAUUCUCAUGUGAAAUUACCAGACUCACGGACUUCAUGGUAUAACAUGACCAUGAGCAGAAAUGAAUGUAAAGAAAAAUGCUUGAAGAAUUGUAGUUGUAUGGCCUAUUCAGAUACAGACAUCAGAGGUGAAGGAAGUGGCUGCUUGCUUUGGUUCAAUGAUCUUAUGGACAUAAGAGUCUUCUCUCAGAGCGAUAACGGGCAGGAUAUUUUUGUAAGAAUGGCUUCCUCAGAAUUAGUACACGAGGAGGAGAGAGCAAACCUCAAGAUCAUCUUACCAGUAAUUUUUCUGGGGGUUCUUCUGAUAGGCUUGAGCUCUACAUGGUUCCAUUACGCAUGUAGAAAAAGGCAUGAUCAACAACUGAGGGAAGGGGAAUUCUUUGAUGUUGGUCAAAGCCAGAGAGAUGCAAUGGAGCUACCAUUGUUUAGCUUUUCUACAUUAGCUAGAGCUACUGCUAGUUUUUCACCGGAUAAUAAAAUUGGAGAAGGUGGAUUUGGAUCAGUUUAUAAGGGUGUGUUAGAAGAAGGACUGGAGAUUGCAGUUAAGCGUCUAUCUACGACUUCAAGCCAAGGACUUGAUGAGUUUAAGAAUGAAGUUAUUUGCAUUUCAAAACUUCAGCACCGAAAUCUUGUUAAACUCCUCGGAUGUAGCAUACAGGGAGAUGAAAAGUUGUUGAUCUAUGAGAACAUACCAAACAGAAGCUUGGACUUGUGUUUAUUUGAUUAG